UUUCAUGUAUCAGUAAAAAGCAUGCAAAACCAAAGCUUCAUAACUGAAUUCAUCUUCGUGGGGCUUUCACAGGAUCCUACUCUACAGAAGAUAGUAUUUGUUGUGUUUUUGUUGGUCUACAUUGCGACUAUAGUGGGCAACAUGCUGAUUGUAGUGACCAUCCUCUGUAGCCCUGCCCUCCUGAGCUCCCCAAUGUACUUCUUCUUGGCAGUCCUGUCCUUUGUGGAUGCCUGCUUCUCCUCGGCCAUCACACCAAAACUGAUUGCAGACUCCCUCUGGGAGAGGAAAACCAUCUCUUUUAAAGGAUGCAUGAUUCAACUUUUUGCUGGACACUUCCUUGGUGGGACAGAGAUGAUUAUCCUCACAGCCAUGGCCUUUGACCGCUAUGUGGCCAUUUGCAAGCCCUUGCACUACUCUUCCAUCAUGAACUGGAGGCUCUGUGGCAUUCUGGUGGGGGUGUCCUGGACAUGGGGCUUCUUGCAUUCCAUCAUACAAGUUUUCUUUACCUUCCAGCUGCCCUUUUGUGGGUCUAAUGUCAUUGAUCAUUUCAUGUGUGAGAUGCAUCCAUUAAUGAAGCUGGCCUGCACUGACACUCACAUCUUUGGCCUUUUGGUGCUCGCCAACAGUGGGUUAAUCUGCAUCAUCAACUUCUCCCUGUUGCUUGUGUCCUAUGGUGUCAUCUUGUUCACCCUGAGAACACACAGUGCAGAAGGGCGGAGGAAGACUCUGUCCACCUGUGGAUCUCACAUUACUGUGGUGGUUUUGCUCUUUGUCCCAUGCAUAUUUAUAUAUGCACGACCUUCUUCAUCUUCUUUUCCCUUUGACAAAGAAGUAGAAAUAUUUUACACCGUGCUAACUCCCCUACUCAAUCCUUUGAUUUAUACUUUGAGGAAUAAGGAAGUGAAAAAUGCCAUGAGGAAAGUGUGGAAGAGACUGGUGGAGGUAUUUCAUGGAAAAUAA